AUGGACAAUUGGUUAAAUAUAGAUAUUAAUAACAUUGGUUACUUUGAUAGAGAUUGUGAUAGUUAUAGCGACAGUGAUAGUUAUAGCGAUAGUGAUAGUAACAGCAUCAGUGAUAGUUAUAGUGAUGAUAGUUGCAACAGCCAUAAAGAAAAAGAACCAUGCAUUAGGGAACUAUGGAAUAAAGAAGAAAAAGAGCAUUUAUUAAAACUUGUUAAAGAAAAUGGUUUAAAAAAUUGGAGUGAUAUUUCUAAAAAGAUGUUUCCUUUCAAAAAAACCAAAGUUCAAUGUUGUUUUCAUUUCAAUCAUUUUCUUAAAACUAGAAAUGACAAUUUAAAAAAAGGUCGUUGGAAUAGCUCAGAAGAUUUGCAAUUGAAACAUUUAGUUAAUAAGUAUGGUGCUAAAAAAUGGAGAUAUAUCUCUUUUUUAUUAAACUCUGGUAGAAACUAUCGUCAAUGUUCAAAUAGGUACUAUUAUUUAAAAUCUGAAAAUAAAGGUAGAUUUUUAGAAAAAUGGACCUCUGAAGAAGAUAUAAAAUUAAAGCAACUAGUUAGAAAAUAUGGCACCAAUGAUUGGUCAACAUUAAGUUUGGAAAUGGAAAAUAGAAAUAAAACCCAAUGUUGUAAUAGAUAUCAUGGACAUUUAAAAAAAAGAAUGAAUAAUAAUUUAAAUGAUGAAGCCACCCCAAUUGCCGAACCUUUAGAAAAUUUUCCAAAACCAUUACAACAUUCCAAUAACUAUGAAUUCCAAUAUCCAAACUUUAAUAUAAUUCAUGAACUUUUUGAACUACACCCAGAAUAUCAACUAUCACAAUUUGAAAUUCUUAAACUUCCUAAUUCGGAUUUAUAUAGUUAUUAA